GCCCUCCGGCCCCGCCCCACGGGGUGGCCUGGCAGUUUGGUCUGGAGCAGCUGAAACCGGUUUGAGCGUAGCUGCUUCCUGCCGCUCGACGCUGCGGCAGGCCGCCUGGGGGAGCACUGGCGAGGCACGGACGGCGGGUGCCCCUCUGCCCGCGGUCCUCGCUCUCGGGCGGGGCGGCGGCAACGUGGACCUGCGGACUAGCGAACCCGGCAGGUCUGCUGCCCCUUCUCUCCAAAGCUCUACUUUUCCCAAAGCUCUUCAGACUGCCUUGCUGAGGUAGGAGAGAGAGCCUCAACCACUUCGGUGUCCUCGUCAGCCCUCUCCCCAGACUCCACUGGCCGGCUGGAAAAGAAAUCGGGCAUGAAUUGUAGAGGAUUCUUCCACCUUAAGGCAGCUGUUAGUCUGAUGUAGACCUGCAGAGAGGAACUGAUGGAACCGAGCAGGAUGUUUGGACCCGAUGUUUUUUCUUCAUACUCUUCUGUCGCCUCCUCCCAUUUCUGCACAGCUCUCACCCACUACUCUACCCCGUCAUGCUUCCCCUUGCUACGUUUCUGACUAGUUGUGACUUAACUAAGAAAUAAAUACAAGGUAUCAGUCUUUUUUUUUUUUCAAAAUUCCUAAUGUCGUGGAUACAAAUAACACCAAGCAAACAAGCAAAACUGCACAUGGUGCAAUCCAUUCCUGAUUUACGAACAGGAAGAACCAAGAGCUAGAGAAAACCAUUAUUCUAGACAAAAUUUAAAUCUGCAAAAUAACGACGUGGGAAAGCUGGACUCUGAGAAAUAAUGACCACAAAAGAAAACUCAUCGUAGCAAACACGACAUCAUAAAAUAAAUCCAUCAGAAUGACACCUUCUCAGGUUGCCUUUGAAAUAAGAGGAACUCUUUUACCAGGAGAAGUUUUUGCAAUAUGUGGAAGCUGUGAUGCUUUGGGAAAAUGGAAUCCUCAAAAUGCUGUGGCUCUUCUUCCAGAGAAUGACACAGGUGAAAGUAUGUUGUGGAAAGCAACCAUUGUACUCAGUAGAGGAGUAUCAGUUCAGUAUCGCUACUUCAAAGGGUACUUUUUAGAACCAAAGACUAUCGGUGGUCCAUGUCAAGUGAUAGUUCACAAGUGGGAGACUCAUCUACAACCACGAUCAAUAACCCCUUUAGAAAGCGAAAUUAUUAUUGACGAUGGACAAUUUGGAAUCCACAAUGGUGUUGAAACUCUGGAUUCUGGAUGGCUGACAUGUCAGACUGAAAUAAGAUUACGUUUGCAUUAUUCUGAAAAACCUCCUGUCUCAAUAACCAAGAAAAAAUUAAAAAAAUCUAGAUUUAGGGUGAAGCUGACCCUAGAAGGCCUGGAGGAAGAUGAUGAUGAUAGGGUAUCUCCCACUGUACUCCACAAAAUGUCCAAUAGCUUGGAGAUAUCCUUAAUAAGUGACAAUGAGUUCAAGUGCAGGCAUUCACAGCCGGAGUGUGGUUAUGGCUUACAGCCUGAUCGUUGGACAGAGUACAGCAUACAGACGAUGGAACCAGAUAACCUGGAACUAAUCUUUGAUUUUUUUGAAGAAGAUCUCAGUGAGCACAUAGUUCAGGGUGAUGCCCUUCCUGGACAUGUGGGUACAGCUUGUCUCUUAUCAUCCACCAUUGCUGAGAGUGGAAAGAGUGCUGGAAUUCUUACUCUUCCCAUCAUGAGCAGAAAUUCCAGGAAAACAAUAGGCAAAGUGAGAGUUGACUAUAUAAUUAUUAAGCCAUUACCAGGAUACAGUUGUGACAUGAAAUCUUCAUUUUCCAAGUAUUGGAAGCCAAGAAUACCAUUGGAUGUUGGCCAUCGAGGUGCAGGAAACUCUACAACAACUGCCCAGCUGGCUAAAGUUCAAGAAAAUACUAUUGCUUCUUUAAGAAAUGCUGCUAGUCAUGGUGCAGCCUUUGUAGAAUUUGAUGUACACCUUUCAAAGGACUUUGUGCCCGUGGUAUAUCAUGAUCUUACCUGUUGUUUGACUAUGAAGAAGAAAUUUGAUGCUGAUCCAGUUGAAUUAUUUGAAAUUCCAGUAAAAGAAUUAACAUUUGACCAACUCCAGUUGUUAAAGCUCACUCAUGUGACUGCACUGAAAUCUAAGGAUCGGAAAGAAUCUGUGGUCCAGGAGGAAAAUUCCUUUUCAGAAAAUCAGCCAUUUCCUUCUCUUAAGAUGGUUUUAGAGUCUUUGCCAGAAGAUGUAGGGUUUAACAUUGAAAUAAAAUGGAUCUGCCAACAAAGGGAUGGAAUGUGGGAUGGUAACUUAUCAACAUAUUUUGACAUGAAUCUGUUUUUGGAUAUAAUUUUAAAAACUGUUUUAGAAAAUUCUGGGAAGAGGAGAAUAGUGUUUUCUUCAUUUGAUGCAGAUAUUUGCACAAUGGUUCGGCAAAAGCAGAACAAAUAUCCCAUACUAUUUUUAACUCAAGGAAAAUCUGAGAUUUAUCCCGAACUCAUGGACCUCAGAUCUCGGACAACCCCCAUUGCAAUGAGCUUUGCACAGUUUGAAAAUCUACUGGGGAUAAAUGUACAUACUGAAGACUUGCUCAGAAACCCAUCCUAUAUUCAAGAGGCAAAAGCUAAGGGACUAGUCAUAUUCUGCUGGGGUGAUGAUACCAAUGAUCCUGAAAACAGAAGGAAAUUGAAGGAACUUGGAGUUAAUGGUCUAAUUUAUGAUAGGAUAUAUGAUUGGAUGCCUGAACAACCAAAUAUAUUCCAAGUGGAGCAAUUGGAACGCCUGAAGCAAGAAUUGCCAGAACUUAAGAGCUGUUUGUGUCCCACUGUUAGCCGCUUUGUUCCCUCAUCUUUGUGCGGGGAGCCUGAUAUCCAUGUGGAUGCCAAUGGCAUUGAUAACGUAGAGAAUGCUUAGUUUUUAUUGCGCAGAGGUCAUUUUGGGGGCAUGCGCCGCUGUUCUGGGUAUUCAUUUUUCGUCACUGAGCAUCGUUGACCUAUGCCUUUUGGGCUUCUCAGUUCAAUGAAGCAAUAAUGAAGUAUUUAACUCUUUCACUACAGUUCUUGCAAGUAUGCUAUUUAAAUUACUUGGCCAGGUAUAAUUGCCAGUCAGUCUCUUUAUAGUGAGAAAAUUUAUUGGUUGGUAAUAUAAAUAUUUUAAACUGAAUAUAUAAAUCUAUAAUGUUAAACAAAUAUUCAUUAAAAGCAUAGCACUUUGAAAUUAACUAUAUAAAUAGCUCAUAUUUACACUUACAGCUUUUCAUUUGAUCAGGUCUGAAAUCUUUAGCACGUAAGGAAAAUGACUAUGCAUAAUUAUACCUGACCAUGGAAAAAAGAAGUACCUCAAAUGCAUGCAUUUGCACUGGUGAUUCCAACUGCACAAAUAUUUGUGCCAUCUUAUAUAUAGGUAUUUUUUACAUGGGUUGACAUGCACACAACACCAUUUUCAUUCAGUAUGAACCUUGAGGCUGCUGCCAUUUUUCCACUUAACCAAACCAGCCUGAAGGUGAACCUUGAAUCUUGUUUCAUAAAUCUUUCAAAAGUUGUUUUACAUCAAUGUUAAAAUUUCAAAAUGCUGCAGGGUAAUUUAAUGUAUAAAAUAUUAGUAAGAAAAAGUAUGUAUUGCAUACGUAGUAGAAUAGAUCACAACGUAUAAAUUCAAUUCAGUGCAUGCUGUAGGUGUGAAGCAUGAGAUAUUGUACAUGUUUACCGUUAGGUCCUUGCGUCUGUGGUGCUAGGUGAGUGUGAGGAGAUGGCAAGGACUGGACGCAUUUUGUUGCCUAAAAAAAAAGGCUGUUUGUAGGCGUUUUAAAUAUGCUUAUUUUGUGUGUCUCUCACUACUUAUUACACACUGUUGCUUUGUGAGUUUGUUUUGUAUGUGUGUUGUACAGUAGUUAAAUUUCCAUGCAGAAAAAUAAGUGUCCUGAAUUCUCAUAUUAGUUUUCUUUAUCGUAUAUCAUGCAUGUAAUUUAUUUAGAAAUGUAGGUCUUACUAAAUGUAUAUGCAUGUGUUUCAGAUUAUACUAGGAUUUCUUGGAUUAGAAGCAGAUUGUGUUAACUGUAACUUAAAGAAUGUUAAAUAAAAUGAUACAGAUUUAUUUUCUUCAUUACAAAAUGAAAUUUCAAGAAGGUGUUACUUUUGUAGAAUGGUUUUAUAAUGUGACAAGAAAUUUUAAUAUAGUGUCUACCCUAAAGGGAUGGCUUAUUUGCAUCUACCUUUUACUGCAUGUUUUUCACGAGGCAGUUUAUUCAUAUAUUGACAUAUUUUGGUAGUAGCUGAGAACCUAAGACUUGAAAUUAUACAUUGUGUAUUAUUUUUUAAGCUGAACAAUGCAGUUUUGGUCAGAUCUUAUUUGUGUGAAGAUAGGCUCUGAAAUCUUAUGGUAUUGCAUUUGUAACUUUCAUAGUAAUGGGAAAUAGUUUAGGAAAUGGAGUCUUCUGCAAGGGUUCUGUAUACUUUUCCCACAUUGUGUGAGAUUUUCCAACAUUUUGGUGUGAAUUGGGCACUUUUGGAAAACUCCUGAAAAAGAAUUAGUUUCCUUCAUCUGCAGACCUUUGUCCAAUAUGGUUGCCAUUUCUUUAUAGUAACUCAAUUAGUCAUAUGUGUUUGUUUCUAGUCCUGCUCCUUUGCUCCUCUCCUAUGCCUUCCCAAUGCUGGCUCCAUUUUGAAGACUCGAGGACAGAGGGGAAGCAGAUCAUAAAGAGAAAAAGGAGACAGAAGAAAGGAUGAAGGAAGAAGGUCAUGGGGAGUGUGGCUUCUGAGCAGUUGAGUUGCUGGGGAGAGCAGACAGUCACUGCCUACAGUACAGACAGAACCUUCUGCUCACUUGCUGUCCUAUCUCUUCCUGACCUUGUGAACCGGUGUUGGUAGGUGAUUACAACAUGACAAGCAGUGGCUCCGUAUUUUCACAGGGCGAAGUCUGGGCCUUCAUAUCAGUAACUGUUGCCUUUUACACCCUGCUUCAGCCACACUGUCCCUGUCAUUGGCCCUGGACUUCCUGUCUGUGCCCGUGUGUCCCCUGCCUGGGAGCCCUCUCCCAUAGUCACUUUCUCUCUGCCAAACUCAUUUCUUCUUGUACCCAAGACCUCUCUCCUGAGCCCUUGUGGAAACUCCAGAAAGGAUGAAUCCAUCUUUGUGCUCCUUGGGUUGUACCUUGAUCAGGCUGUGCAUCACAGUAAUUCUAGGUAGGCAGAGUUGAUCUUUGUCUCAUCUGCCAGGCUGUGGGCUCUUGAAGGGCAGGGACCUCGUCAUAGUCAUUUUUAUUUUCACAGUGCUUGGAACAUGGUGGAAAAUGAAUGUUGGAAUUAUUGGAGUAAUAUAAUUUGUAUCAAAUGUCCUUUUGAAUUAAGAGAUUUAGUUAUGUUUACUAAGAAUGUAAACUUUGGUUCACAUCUUGACAAUUAGGAUGGUUUAUUGAUGUGAAUUUUGAAAUGUAGAGGUAUAAUGUUAAAUUAUUUUAUACUUUAUGGAAAUCAAGUGAAAUGUUUGAUAAAAUGCCACCAUUAUCCUCUGGUAUUUUCUACUCUCUGGAAUUAUGUACUGUAAAUGAUCAGAUGUAAAUGUGAGGCACACCGCUCACCCCUGUGUGGGAAGUGUGGUGGUACUUCCUGCCACCCACCCACCUCUCUGCCGUUGCUCCUUGUGACACUUGUCUAUCGUCUUCCCUCCAAACUCCAAGCCUACAGCUACCUCAGUACUGCUUUCCUUGUCUGAAAGACCUCCUUUGCCUUCCUUCAGUGUCCCGCUCAGGUGCCACCUCCUCCAUAAAGCUCAUCUCAGCUUUUGAUCUGAAUCAUGAUGGAAACAUGCAGACAGCCUCUCAGUCUUACUAUUUAAUGUUGUAGCUGGGAAAAAACCCAGAGAGGUUAACUGAUAUACUGGGUUGGGACUAGGAUGUGGGUUUUGUGACUCUGAAUCCCAUGUUCUCAAACUAUGCUGCCUUCCGAAGUCUGGCAUUUGUUAGCUCUUGCUUCCUUGUAGUCCAGCUUCUUAUGUGCCUGUUAUAUUCUCCAGUAAGAUUGUAAGCCCCUUAAGGGCAGGGACGUCUUUGCAUCUCUAGCACUGCUGUAGUGUUCUAUCCUUAGUUAUGAACUAGAUAAAUAAAUGGUGGUGGCAACAA